AUAUGGUUGUUUUGAUAAAUGUUCAUCAUUAACAUCAAUUAAUAUAGAUAAUUUACAAUUUAUUAGUCAAGAAAGAAUAUUUAUAAAUGAACCAGUGUUAGUUAGUAUUAAAAUACCAGAUAAUCUACAAAUAAUCAAUGGAAAGAAUAUUUUCAAGAAAGAUAUUAAUGAAUUUAUUAUUCCAUCUUCAAUUACUAAAUUAGGAGAUAGAUGUUUUAGUAAAUGUUCAUCAUUAAAAUCAAUUAAUAUACCAUCUUCAAUUACUAAAUUAGGAAAAUGUUGUUUUUAUGAAUGUUCAACAUUAACAUCAAUUAAUAUACCAUCAUCAAUUAAUGAAUUAGGAGAUUGUUGUUUUUAUGAAUGUUUAUCAUUGACAUCAAUCAAUAUACCAUCAUCAAUUAAUGAAUUAGGAGAUGAUUGUUUUAGAUAUUGUGAAUCAUUAAAAUCAAUUAAUAUACCAUCAUCAAUUACUAAAUUAGGAUAUUGUUGUUUUUAUGGAUGUACAUCACUAACAUCAAUAACUAUACCAUCAUCAAUUAUUGAAAUAGGAGAGUGUUGUUUUUAUGGAUGUUAUUUAUUAAAAUCAAUUAAUAUACCUUCAUCAAUUACAUCAUUUGGAAAUUGUUGUUUUUAUGAAUGUGGAUGUGAAGAAGAAUUAAUGAAAAAUAAAAGAAUACCAAGAAAAUGUUUUGAGUAG